AUGGCGUCGGCGCUCAUCGGAUUUACUGGGGAUUCCGUCUCCCUGCUUGGGACCACCAUCCUCCCCAUUACCAUCGGGGAAGAACUGAGAGCCAAGACGAUGAUGAUUACCUUCAUGGUAGUCGACCUUCCCUCGGCCUACAACGUCAUCCUCGGCCGCCCAACACUCAACAAACUGAAAGCGGUGGUUUCCACUUACCACCGGGCCAUCAAAUUUUUGACUUUAGUAGGGGUCGGGGUAUCCCAAAGCGAUCCUAGAGAAUCAAGGCAGUGCUACCUUACAUCGGUCACUCUUUUGGAGAAGUCGCGGCCCCAGCAAGCCCCAGAACCCCAUAAGGAAGCCAGAACACCAACACACCUAGAGCCACCUGAACAACUCGCCGAGGUACUCUUGAAAAGGUACCGACCUGACAUGACUAUGAAAGUCAGGACAACACUCCCUGAAGCAAACCAGCUCCAGCUCGUCAAUUUUCUGAAGAGAAAUGCUGAUGUGUUCACAUGGUCCUCAAAAGAUAUGCCCGGAAUCGACCCGGGGGUGACCCAGCACCACCUCAACAUCCAUCCCGAGGCUCGACCGGUGAAACAGAAGCCGAGGAAGUUUGCCCCCGACCGACAAAAGGCAAUCAGCGAUGAGUUCAAUCGCCUUAGAGAGGCCGGAUUUAUAACCGAGGUGAAAUACCCCCGGUGGUUGCCAAAUGUAGUCCUCGUUAAAAAACACAGUGGAAGCUGGAGGAUGUGUGUUGACUACACUGAUCUCAACCGAGCAUGCUCCAAAGAUUGCUAUCCAUUCUCGAUGAUAGAUCAAUUGGUAGAUGCCACCGUAGGCUAUGAACUUAUUAUAUUCAUGGAUGUGUUCUCGGGCUAUAACCAGAUCCGGAUGGCACCAUAA